UUUUCCAGCCAAUACAGCUGCAUAUUGCCUUAUAAUUCACGACCGCAUUAUACAGUAUACACCAAUCAGCGGCGUUGUUAAAAAAGUAACGUGAUUGGUAGAAAUAAUGACCAAUCAUAGACGACAUCGGUAGUGGGGGUAUUUGGAGUGGUGGGGGAAAGGCUAUAAAGAGAGCGUCUCUCUAAGGCUUGAGCCAUUAUUCUAUUUCAGAUACCAUGGGGUACGUCGUAGAUAUUCAAUGCUUCAAAAGACCUUACAACGAGUUUGUCAUCAAAGAGUUGGCGAUUCUACCACUUCAACAAGAUGCUCAUCCAUUGGUCUACCUCUUCGAGCCGCCAUAUGCCUGGAGCCGAUUACCUGCAAGAUACAAAUGUGAGAAUCGAUGGCUUACAAAUAAUUAUCAUGGUAUCGAUUGGGCUGCUGGUGACGUAUCUUAUGAAAAAUUACAACCUAUAAUAAAAGAAGUAUUAAUAGGUACACCUACUAUUUAUGUAAAAGGUUUAGAAAAACAAAAAUGGUUAGAAAAAUAUACAUCAAAUGUGUUUAAUUUAGAUGAUUUUAAAUGUCCGUCGCUAAAAAGUUUCAGUGUAGAAAGUUCAUCUACAUGUACAAAUCACACACGUAGCUUUAGCAACUGUGCUGUGAAAAAUGUAUGUAAUCUACGAAAUUGGUUGAUACAACCAUCGAAUGUACUACGAAAUAAUAUAGAAAAUAAUGAUGAAGUUGACAAUGAUUGUACAUUGAAAGAUUUUUAUAAUGAUUGUUAAAAUUUCCUAUAUAAUGAAUAAAUGUAUUAAA